CAAAUAGAAAAAAUCAUAUCCUACCUACAGAUACGAUUUCAAGUUGUUUCGUAACGUUGCUAUGUAAAUUACGAACGAACCACGCUUCAGUGAAUCCGUAUGAGGAACCGUUCGAUUUUCGUAAUCUCGGACUAGUUUCUCGGUUUUUCCUGCUGACUGUUGCGAUUUUUCACCGGUGCCAUGGCUGAAAGUGUUAUAUUGCCUCCUGAAAAAGAUAUCACCGUCGACAAACUCGAUUACUCAUAUAUAGGAAAAUGCUCCAACGAAAAGGAAUUGGAAAGAAUACUCAGAACUUUAAAGUCUGGAAGAGAUGGUUUUUAUCCUGAGUUAAUCUUAUGUUGUGAAAAGAAACUAGAAUCGAUAAAUCCGAAUAAUAGAGCACUGAGAAAACAACAUCCGGUACUGAGUGCCAGGGAUCUUGAAGAAGAAGAGCGCCAGAAUCUUAUAAAUAGUAUGGAAGAAUGGGAAGGGCAAAUGUCGAAUCUUGAUCAAAAUAUUUUGGGUCCGAGUCGAGACAAACCACAAUUGAACGGUUUUGGUGAUCAUGAUAAAUUACCACCUGUGAGAGGAACUCAUGUUUUAAAAGGAAACCAAAAGAAAAAAGUAGAAGCAGGAGAUGGUAAGAAAGAAAAUCCUGAUCGAAUUAAAAGUUACGAUUAUAAAGCUUGGGAUAAAUAUGAUGUCGAUAAAGAAUGUGAGAAAGUUGAUGAGCAAGUAAACGAUAAUGAGAAGAAUGUGCCUGAAAGAAACAUUGAAAUACCGAAGGAUAUUGAUGUAAGUGGUCUGACUCCGUUUGAAAAAAUCAAGGCAACAAGAGAAAAGGACAAAGGGAAUGAGGCAUUCAAGUCAGGUGACUACGAGGAAGCACUAUCAUAUUAUUGUAGAAGCAUAUGUCUACAACCUAAUGCCGCCUCAUUCAAUAACAGGGCUCUUGUAUAUCUGAGACUAGAACAAUGGAAGGAAGCAAAGGAAGAUUGCAACACUGUGUUGUCAAUUGAAGGUGAAGGAGAAAAUUUAAAAGCAAUGCUUAGGAGAGCAAGUGCUUGCAAGGCUUUGGAAUCUUUCAAUGAAGCAAAAGCUGAUUUAUUGUUUGUGUUAGACAAGGAACCAAAUAAUGCGAGAGCUAAAAGCAUAUUGAAAGAUGUUGAAAAAUUGGAAAAAGAGAAAGCACAAAAACAAGAAGAAGUGAAUCUUGGGAACGAUGAAGAUGUCUCCCUCAAAUCAGGAAAAAAAAUGACCAUCACUGAAGUGGAAGGAGAGUCAGAAGAAGAUGAGGCAAGAGAAUCUUCUUCUUCUACCAAAAUUGAUGAAGAUUCUACCAAAUCAGUGGAGAUUGUAGAAUCCCCACAAAGUCAAGUUGAGAAUUCUCCUUCUGCUAAGGUUGAAGAGAUUGUUACAACUACCACUCCAGUUGUGCCAAAGUAUCCUCCAAAAAUUGAAGAUUUAAAAGCAAAAGCAGGAGACUUUUUUAAGUCUGGUCGUUACUCUGAUGCGUGUGAACGGUAUUCUGAAGCUAUCGAUAGCUUUUCGUUAAUUAUGAAAGAUAAUUCUGAUCCAGGGUUCGAUUUAGGCUUGGCCAUACUUUAUAAUAACAGAGCGGCAUGUUGGCUCAAACAAGGUAACGAUAGGGCUUGUGUUACUGACUGCGAAAAAGUUUUGGAAAUCAAAAAAUGGGAUGCGAAAGCACUUAUGAGAAGAGCUUCUGCUUAUGAGCAUAUGGAAAAAUACGGAAAAGCCUGGAUCGAUUUCAAAUCUGCACACAGUAUGGAUUUAACCAAUACUCUGGCUCAGGAUGGAGCAAAUAGAAUUGCUGGUCAUUUGAGAGAAUUGUACGGACCAAAGUGGAGAGAAAAAGUCCCAAAAGUGUCAAGCUAUCCACAUCAUGAUUCUGGUGCAUUCUUAGGACAAAAUGUCGUAGUUAAAGACGUUGAGUCUACUAAGAUUACCAAAUCUGAUGUUCCCAAUGAAACGGAACCAACAACUAUUGUUGAUACUAAUUUAAAAGUGCAAGUGCCUGAGAACAGUAAUGCUAUUCCUGACGAAAGUGUCGAAGAUGAGAAUUUGUCUACCGUUCAACCACGUUUUGAAGAAAAACCUAUUGAAAAGGUGUCUGCAGUUCCGAAAUCGAGUGAACCAAAAGUAGUGAAUACAAAAAGUACGAAUCAAAAACGAAAGCGGAAUAAAUCGAAGUCGAAAUCACCAAAGAAAAAAGAAGAAUUAGAGAAACAGAAACAGGAAGAAAUUGAAAAAGAAGAAAAGCGAAUGAAAAUUCGUCGGGAAUUGUUUGAAAAACUGAAAGCAGAAGGGAACGAACAUGUCAAAAAAGGUGACUAUUCUUCCGCUAUCGAUUGCUAUACUAGAUGCAUUAAAAUGUGUCCCAAAGAACCGGCAAGCUAUACAAACAGAGCGUUGUGUUUUUUGAAACUGAAGAAACACAUCUCUGCUGUCAAUGAUUGUACAGAAGCGAUAAAACUUGACCCUGUUAAUGUGAAAGCGUAUUAUAGGCGAUCUCUCGCACGAAAAGCCGAAGGAUUUUUUAAAGACGCUGAGCGAGAUUUAAAAAAAUUACUUGAAAUUGAUCCAGCCAAUAAAGCAGCAACUUCUGAAUUGGAUGCAAUCAAAAAAUCAGCGUGGGAUGAAGCUAGGAAAAAAGCUGGGGUCGCCCCCACUCAAGAUAAACCCAACCGUGACGCUGUACCCAAAAAGAAGCCUCUAGUCAUUGAAGAAGUAGACAGUAGUAGUAGCAGUGACGAAGGUGAAUUUAUUCUCCCUACUGAUAAUGAUGGAAGAAACAAAUCUAAUGACGAUGAUCAACCUAUAUCACAAGAGAGCGAUAAAACUAUAGUAUCAAAUCAAAAUAAACCCGAUAAGAAAGUUACUGAUAACAAGAGUGCUGAUAACACAAACAUUCCAGACAAGGAGAUCACCAGUAAGACAAAACUUCCUAAUGAGAAAGUCACUGAUAAGGAAAGUACUGAUAAGGAAGAGACUGAUAAGACUGAUAAACCUUAUGAUAAGAAAGAUGACACAGAACAAAUCGAACAAAAGCGAAGUGACGAAAAAGUGCUGGUUUCACAAACAAGAUCAUCACCAUCCAAAACCACUACUCUAUCACCUUUUGAAUUUGGGGCGCAAUGGAAUAUCGUUACCUCUAAAUCUGAUCUCAAUGCUUAUAAAGCCAUACUAGAUAAAGUUACGCCAAAAGAUCUUCCAGGAGUUUUAAGUAACAAAAUUGAUGACCAUGUGAUUUCUACCGUAGCCAAAGUAGCCCUCGACCACCUCGAACAAGAAAAUGAUACCCAACGUGCCUUCGAAAUGAUGAAAAAUUUAACAAAAGCACAAAGGUUUUCUAUGGCAGCUAUGUUUCUAUCAGACUCUGAUAAAAGCACACUUCGUUCCACUUUUGAGGCGUUGUCAAAGCGCCAUGAUUCUUCAAAUUACAAUCAAAAAGAAUUGGAUGAUUUACUGAAAAUUUAUGGUUUAUAACAUAUUGUAUUGAAAGCCAGAAUCGGCUAUUUAUAGAAAUUACAGUAAUCUUUUCAAAGUAGACGAUGGUUGAAGAUUUUUAAAUAAAUUCCGAACUGGAACUAAAGAAAUGCUAAUUCUCUGACAGACUGAGAGUUGAAGAAUCUGAGUAUGCUGGAUUGUAUAGCUUUGUCCCAAUUCUAAUAACCCAUCUUGCAUAUUUUAUUAUUAUGGCUGUGAAAAAGCAGUGGUAAAAGUCCCUAAAUCCAGGUUGAGUCACAAGUCAUCAAGUCUCACUGGCAAUAAGUUGUGUAGGAGUUAUUUCCUUCAGCUAACACAAGGCAUUUCAAUUAUUUGGCAAAUGGUGACUCGUUUCUUGUCAACAUCCUCUUUUUUUUGCUGUUGUUUUAACGUCACUCUCUGUAAUAUUUAGAUAAUUUAUGGCUCGAAAAGUAAAAGUAUGAAAAAAGCAAAAAAAAAUUCAGUACUGUUAUGAGUCUAUGACUAUUCACAGUCAGUUUUGCAUAAUCACAAUAUUCAUGCGUACCCUGGAUGAAUAAUAAUGAAAUUAAUACAGCGAUUUUGGGAAUAAUGGCCCUCGCAACCAAGAUUUCUUACUAAACCGUGUUUACUUGUACAGAGCCUUAUUUGGAGUGAACAGCAUUAAAAAAAUCCUGGCUUUGACAGGCUUUCAAAAUACCGUAUCUAUCUUCUUUAACAUUCAAAAUAUAGCAAAUACCAAACAGUUUUUCAAUCAUUAUCCAUAUUAAAUAAAUAUAUCAAAUAAUCUCGUUUCCACCAUUAUCUAUCAUAUUAUUUGUAAGCGAUAAGUGUCCAUUUCAAUUCUUCAGACUUGAGCAAAUGUAAUAAUUUUUUCUUAUCCUAGAUACAUUGUAUUAGCAUUAAUUAAUAAUUUUCUGUGAUUAUUAAUGUAAUAUUUUGUUUUACUGUUUGAUUUUCUAGUAUGUACUAUUUCACGAACUUAGUUCUUGUUGUUCCAUUUCCUUAAUAUAGUGAAGGAUUGAA